AUGACGUCACAAACACGAUCGAAAUUAUUGAUACUGUUCAUUUCAAUUCUGUGGAUAGGAUUUAUGAGCACUCUUGUAGCUUCGGAACAGCAGACUUCAACAAGCUCACAUACGGAUCAUAAACCAACAGCUACCACACCAAAAGAAAUUUGCGAAACAGUUUCUGAGUGUUUACCAUGUUCCGAGGAAGAUUUAAAAUCUCCUCAUCGAUAUUGUGAGGCUACUAAAUAUUAUCAUGUGGUAGAGUGUAGAACAGAACAUGCUGGUGGAGAUUCAAAAGAAGUUAAAAAGACUACAACACGAGAAAGUUGCAGACCCGAUAUAAUUUAUACACCGUACACUGUACAAAAUUUAAUUCUUUUCGAAUGUUCCUUGUUGGUCAUUAUUGUGCUGAGUGGUAUUUUGUUUUACAGGAGAACUAAAAAGUUAUCUGAAGAGCAAAGUGAGAGAUACAGACGAUUGGUUCAAUCGAGUUCGUUAACUUCGUCAACAACCAGUAAUCGCUAG